CAUGGGCCAAAUGCCAAUGGCUCAUGCGGGCUCAUGUGCUUCCUGCAACAAACUGAUGGUGCUCACUACCUAGUAUUUCAGUCUCUCUCUAGCCCUAUCUGUGCUUGUUGCCAUGUUGGGGACGAGCAGAGCAGUUGCAUUUCACAAGAUUUUUCAGUCUGGCUGGUCUGGCCUCAAUGUCCUAGGCUUCGUCAAGCUCACCUGAAUCGUGACCCGACCUGUCUCGUCACUGAAUGUUCAACAUCAUUUUGAGAGCGUUCUCAGAGUUUUCUUGAAGUCAAGCUGCCGCAGUACAGGUUGGGACUGCACGCCUCUUGGUUACUCGCGGCAAAUGUUGGCCAUGUGAACAAUGGAGGAUAGACGCAGAACGACGGUAGCUGGGGGCAGGUUGCAAAAGCAGCACUCAGAGAUUUCUGGGAAAGACGCAUCCGGUUGGAGCAACAGCGACACAGGAUCUCCCUCCGGAGCCACCCUGAAGCGCCUCAAGUUGAAAGUUGGAGGCAGCACGCUCAGCUUGACCCCCAGUCAGCAACCCUCCCCUGAGGUUACCCCCCAGUCGUUGCCUGCAGGCAGGUCCAAACCUCCUCAACCCUCUCCUUUAGAAGGCAAAAAGGGAAGCCCCCACUCUAGUUUCUUGGCUCCAGCCUCAGUGCCAGAGGAGACGCCUCCAAAGCGGAACCGCCGUGCGGUGGUUGAAGACUCUGAUGAGGACGAGAGCCUGCCAGGGGGGGACGAGACAGACCUUUCCGACUCGGACAGCCCCCCCCCCGUGCGGAAACGGGCAACUCUGCGGGGAACGGGGGAAGCAGAGAAAGGGACAGCAGAGCAAGCACUCAGGGAAAAGCGGAGUCCAAAACCGAAAGUGAUUUGGGAUCCUGAUGCCGGGGGGGGGCAAGACGUGCGCAGCCCAAAGGAUGAGAAGCAGAAGAAAGUCAAGGCAACUCCAGAGCCGGCAAAGAAAGCAAAGCGGCCGGCUAAAGACGCCGGUGAGGAAGGCUCGUCGAGGAAGGCGGAAAAGGAAGCUAUAGGGGUUCCCGCAGAAGAAGGGUUUGGGGUGUCUCCGCCUGUGGAAGGGCGGGAGAGGCGCCUUUCGAAACCGAAGGUCAUUUGGGACCCAGACGACGAUGACCGUGACUACCUCAAAGUGGUCAACAAGACCCCGGAACCAAAAGGCCCUGUCAGUCCAAAGGCGCACGCGAGCCCGAACCCAAAGCAGAGUCACAAGAAGAGCAGCAAAUCAUCUGCAGGGCCUCUCGCGCCAGUACACCAAAUGGAGAAAGAAGAGCCUUUGCCAGAAAUCCCAAACCCCCAAAUAGUACAAAAUUCCGAGCAAGAAAGCGCCAGAAGCAGCCACUUGUCAGGUCCAAAACCUCCCGAGUUAACUGCCCCGGUGCGAAUAGACCCACUAAACUCCCCUAGAAUCCUCCUGUCCCCUCAGGCAGGAGCCUUUUCGCACACCCCCAAAAAGUUCGAAGUCCCUGAACCUGCUGCAACUUCACCGGCCACAACUCCAGGAAAGCGGAGAGACGUUCUAAGAGGAGGACUUGCUUCCCCUCAGGGAACAGGACUUUCGCCAGGGGGGCGGAGUCCCCAGGGAUUCAAGCCCCCCCCAGAGCGGAGCCGGUUGCAUGUCACGGAGCUGCACCUUGGGAGUGCGGAAAAGGGGGGCGAUGUGAAUGGGGACGGCGGGAGGGGGCUGGGGACACCGCAUGGGAUGGCCAGUCCAACGAAGAGGCUUGCAGACAAGAAGCGCAUGCGGGAGGACACGGAGGCCGAGCGACAGCUGAAGAAGGAGGAGCGCGCGCGCAAGCGCAAGGCCGACACCGAGAAGGCCGCCCGCGAGGUCCAGGCGUCUGCGAUCCAAAAGAUUCUGGGACAGGAGAGCACGCGCAAGAAGCGGGAGGACGCGGUCCAGAAACGGAGGGACGCCAAGGAAGAGGAGCGUUUGGCUUCCGGCGCCGAAGCACCGGGCGACAUGGUUCGCGUAAUCGACAGCGCGUCUGGAGUGACCGUCAUCUGGCCGGCGACCGUGCCGUUCCCCGUCGAACUGGCGCAGGCACCCAUUGAGCCUCCUCCACCGCUAUCAAAGUGCUCUGCUCCAGCAUGCGGAAACGCAUACAAGUAUCGGGACUCCCAAACCCUCCUCCCGUUGUGUAGCCUGCAAUGCUAUAGAGCAGUGAGAGCGCAUCCCCAAUCAAGCGCGCGAGUUUUGGUGAGCUCCGGCGGAUAACUCAGGAACCUGCACUAAAGUGUAUCGCUCUAUCGUGUGACAACGUCCGACUUCAAAGCAAAUACUUGAUUGAAAGCAAAUCACUCGCUCACACUGGAAUCACUCGGAUUGAAGCUCGA